CAUUGGAAUUCACAGGAUUAGGCUAUUCUUGAAGAAUUGGAGCACAGUUUUUAAAUAAAUAAUAAUCGUUGAUCGGCCUAUUUAUUUUGAUUUAAAAUAUCAACUGUGAUAACAAUACACAGGACGUUUGCGUCGCUGUCAAAGACUCAGUCGGCGUACUUCUCAUUGGAAGAUGCGUUUUUGAGCACCGCCUUCAAAAACAAGCCAGAGGUUCAAUGUUGAGCUCCCUCCGAAACAUGCCUUCACACGACUGACAGACGGAUCUGACUGUUACUGGUAGGAUACAGUGUCCACCUGAAGUAGCUGGCUCCUUUACUCUUGUUUACUACAGGUAUUCUGCAACCAACUAGGAGUGAAGGUGCCGCGUAACUCAUAUCAGGCUACCUGGCAAAUUGAAAGACGACAGAGGAAUAUGAAUUUGCCUGAGGCGUCUGGGGUGAUUUGUCUUUGCGAGGGUGACCGCGUGAGGGGAGCUGACAGAAAGAAUGCUGCACACGAGCAGGUUGGGCAAGACAUCAGACUCCAGGGCGUGUGUGUGAACCACUAGAGCAGCCGGAGCGGAGGGACAGACGCUGGGACAGACGAAGAGAGGGAGACGAACCGCAGAGGUCAGCCCGGUCCCUGCUGUCUCACUCAGGGGUGAGGGGAGAGGUGAAGAUGGCCGACACUGAGGACGAGCAAGGCAAGGCGGGUAAGCUCUUUGAGAACUUUGUCCAGGCGUCCACCUGCAAGGGCACACUGCAGGCCUUCAACAUCAUGUGCCGGCAGCUGGAGCUUGACCCGCUGGACCAUGAGACUUUCUACAGCAGCCUCAAGGCCCGCGUCACCUCCUGGAAGGCCAAGGCCCUGUGGAGCAAGCUGGACAAGAGGACCAACCACAAAGAGUACAAGAAGGGGGCAGCCUGCGCUGGCACCAAGUGUCUGAUCAUUGGUGGGGGCCCAUGUGGACUGAGGACGGCCAUCGAGCUGGCUUUGCUCGGGGCUAAAGUGGUGGUGAUCGAGAAGAGGGACACGUUCUCCCGCAACAAUGUGCUCCACCUCUGGCCCUACACCAUCCAUGACCUCCGGGGCCUGGGGGCAAAGAAGUUCUACGGCAAGUUCUGCGCCGGAGCCAUAGACCACAUCAGUAUUCGGCAGCUGCAGCUCAUGCUUUUGAAAAUCGCCCUGCUCGUAGCCGUUGAGUUCCACGUCAACGUGGAGUUCGUCAAGCUGCUGGAGCCUCCAGAAGACCAAGAGAAUGAAGGACCUGGUUGGAGGGCAGAACUCCGUCCUGCUGAUCACCCUGUGGCGGACUUCGACUUUGACGUGGUGGUGGGAGCGGACGGCAGACGCAACACUCUGGAAGGCUUUAAGAGGAAGGAGUUUCGGGGGAAACUAGCCAUCGCCAUCACGGCCAAUUUCAUCAACAGGAACACCACAGCCGAGGCCAAAGUGGAGGAGAUCAGUGGGGUGGCCUUCAUCUUCAACCAGAAAUUCUUUAUGGACCUCAAAGACGAGACAGGCAUCGAUCUGGAGAACAUCGUCUACUACAGGGAUAAUACACACUACUUUGUCAUGACGGCAAAGAAGCAGAGUUUACUGGACAAGGGAGUCAUCAUUAACGACUAUAUUGACACUGAGAUGCUGCUGAACAGUACCAACGUGGACCAGGAGGCUUUGCUGGGCUAUGCCCGGGAGGCGGCUGACUACGCCACCCACUACCAGCUGCCCACCCUGGACUUUGCCAUGAACCACCUGGGCCAGCCCGACGUGGCCAUGUUCGACUUCACCUGCAUGUACGCCUCCGAGAACGCGGCGCUCGUCCGGGAGCGCUUCGGACACCAGUUGCUGGUGGCGUUAGUGGGAGACAGUUUACUAGAGCCGUUCUGGCCAAUGGGCACGGGGUGCGCCCGUGGUUUCCUGGCAGCGUUUGACACGGCCUGGAUGGUGAAGAGCUGGGCUCAGGGCAGAGCGCCCAUAGAGGUGCUGGCAGAGAGAGAAAGUCUGUACCGGCUACUACCUCAGACCACACCUGCGAACAUCGCCAAAGACUUUGACCAGUAUACUGUUGACCCAGGGACGCGUUACCCCAACCUCAAUUCAAACUGCGUCAGACCUCACCAGGUGCGUCACCUCUACAUCAAUGGAGAGCUGAAGGCCUGUUCUUUAGAGCGAGCAGCAACAGUGCGCCGCCCCGUCAACCUGUCUAGACGAGAAUCCGAGGUGAGGCCUGGCCGGCUGCAGACCUGGUGUCAGAAGCAGACAGAUGGCUACCGGGGCGUGAGCGUGUGUGACCUCACUUCCUCCUGGGCCAACGGCCUGGCCCUGUGUGCCCUCAUCCACCGCUUCAGGCCCGGCCUCAUAGAUUAUGAUUCGCUCAACGAGGAGGACUGCGCUCAGAACCUGCAGUUGGCCUUUGACGUUUCCGAGCGCGAGUUCGGCAUCAAGCCGUUCUCCACCGGCAAGGACUUGGCCGGCGGCCAGGAGCCGGACAAAGUCACCAUGGUUACCUACCUGUCCAAGUUUUACGAGCUGUUCAGGGGAACGCCUCUCCCACCCUCAGAUUCAAGGAGAGAGGGCGAUGCUAACGACAAUGACUCUUCUCACAAACCCACACGGCCUGUUUACAAAUCAUUCAGCUUCACACAGCCAAGAAAGCGGAUACCAAAGGAUGAUAAGAAGCUGGAGGAAAAUGACCCGACCUACAAGCGAAGACGGAAGAUUUGCAGCUAUUUAGAAGAGGCCACAAAUUUUUCCAGUCAGAGUUCGUCGGCAAGUAAAGACGGGCAGGAACUCAAGGAGAACAAGGUGAAGUCCAUGGCUACCCAGCUUCUGGCCAAGUUUGAGGAGCGUGCCCCUAGCUGCAGCCUCCGAAGACAGUCAGAGUUGUGCGCGGUGAGGCCACGGCGGCCUCUCUCCCUCGACAUGACCGAAAGCCCCCUGUUUACCCGACCUAAGGAGCCACACCCACCACCUCCACCUCCACCUCCUCCACCCAGGAGACAGUCUGCAGCUGCGGUCAGACGUAAGGAGGAGCGCCGGCCUCCCCCCCCCCUCCCCUCGCCCCAGGCCAGCCCCCUCUUCACUCGCAGGCGGCCCAGACAGGUCGUGCACUCGUACGAGCAGUCGCAGCCCAACUGCGCAGACACAGCUGCUCCACCCGCAAGCGCUGUGGACUCCGCAGACGGGGCCGACUGCCACCCGCUCUCCCCUCACUCGGCCAUCAUAGCCAUAAAGGGGAUGAUGCAGCGCAUGCAGAGGGUGGAGGAUGAGAUCACCCAGAGGAAAGCCCAGACGCAGAAUGCUCGAGAGUUUCACAAAAAGAGCAUAAAGGAGAAAGCCGUCCACUUGAGCUCUCUGUUCUCCAGCUCCGAGACCUCGGCGGCUCAGCCUGACUCCUCUGCUCCGCCGCUGCCUCCUAACUCCGACAGCCAGCUAACUCCCAAAAUAACUCCGGCAAUAACUCCACUCCUGCCCCUUGUGCCAGAAUGCCCUGCUUCCUCCUGCCCCCCUCCUCUUCCUCUUCCUCCUUCCUCUUCUCCUCCCGCUCCUCCUGCUCCCACUUUCAUAUCCUCCACAUUCUGUCUGCUGAAGCAGCCGCAGCAGAGGCCACAAGAAUUAGAUAUGCAGCUUUGUAGAAACACAGCUCAGAGACAAGCAGUCAAUGACAUUCGGAUGCGUAGAGCCAACACAUCCCAUUUUACGCUCCACAAGCAAAUAGAAACACCCCAGUCAAAGCAGGAGCCUGCUGCUCCCAAGCAGCGCACGGUGGGGAAGGUGUCUCUGGUGGUAGGAGCCAGGGCUGAGACUAUAGCCUCUCUCUAUGAGAGCGAUCACAGGCCCAAGGCCAACAGUCCUCCUACCUCCCCGGGCUCCUUCCGUAGGGAGUUAGGUGGCAGCGAGUUAUGUCACGCCUGUAACAGACGGGUCUAUGUUGUGGAGAGAAUCAGUGCUGAGGGCUUGUUCUUCCACAGAGAGUGUUUCCGCUGUGACACAUGCAGUGCUUCGUUAAGCCAGGGAAGACAUGCCUUCGAUUCUGAAACUGGCAAGCUGUACUGCAAACUGCACUUUGCGCAACGCACAUCCGGUGUGAAGCGAGAGAGAGCUUUUGGUCUGCACAUGAGAAACCACGGCACAGAUGUCCAGGAUGGCCCUGAGACGGACGGUUCCAGUGUGGGCAACAGCGCGCGGCAGUCUCCAGGUACCCUGGGCUCGCUGCUCAGGAAGAGCCUGAGCUGGCCUGUGCACGUGACGCGGGCCGUGUGUGCCGUGCCCCGCCGCCUGUCCUGCUGGCUACGUGGUGCCGCCCAGGCCACGCGCGUCCACCUCUGGGCCCACGCAGAGGACUAUGGCUUCCUGUACGAGCUGCUGAGCGUGGGCCUGCCCCUGAUGGGCAUCCAGAUGGAGGUUUUGCUCCACAUGUACGCCGAGCUCGAGCGCGGCGCUGAUGCGGCCCCCGGCCCUGGGCCACUGUCCCCCCAGACCCUUGUACAGUGGGCCCAACAGCAGCUGGGCCUCACGCCCACUUAAAAAAGAAUGGAACUCCCAUGAUCCUCUGGGGCUCCAUGCCAUUUUAGAGCUUUCAUUCGCGUUUCCUCAACGCAUGUUUGAACUGCAUGCUGGUAUUGAUGAUGGCUGGCCACUGUGUAUAUACCUGUAAACAAGUUUGUUUGUUUUUUUCCUAACAAUCUGCUCAAAGCAGGCCGUAGUUUGCUCUUAAGGUAAUUUCAAGAAAAUUAAAGACAAUUAGCAAGUGCCUGAUGUAAAACAUAUGUUUCACGUCCUAGGAUUGAUGUGUGUGUGUAGCGCGAUAUGCCUGAAGAAUCUAAAUGUACAUCCUUACAUCCAAAUCUCCUUUCUGAAUCUAUCUGAUGAGUUGCUCAGGACAACUCCUCCAGAUGUGUUUUCAGUGCUUUUACUUCAGGUUACUGUAGUCCCAGUCUUUCUGAACAUUGUGAAUAAUGCACAAUGUCUUGAAGCACUUUAUAAUGGUGGUCUGUCCUGGCCCGUGCAUGUGCCUGUUUGAGAGAUUGUUUUUAUGAAUUUGUUGUGUGCAGAUAAGAAUGAUGAGAUUUGUGCAAAUGCUGUACGUUUACUAAACCCAAUAGAACUCAGCAGGAGAGGCAGUGUGUGCCUGUAAGGCCAUGUGCAAUGAAAAUGCCAAAACAGGGUUUCAUCUUUUAAGCCAUUCACUGCCAAAUCUUCCUUUAACAGGUUUACAUUUGUGUGUGUGGAUGUGUGUGUUACAAUCUUCCGUUAGAAAACAUAUGAGAAGUAUCUUCCAUCUCAAACAUGCUGUACCAUUGAAUUGUAACACUUUUUUUAUUUGACUUUUUUUCCCCCCCAAACUAUAAUUUUGCUGACUUGUGCAGUUGUGCCUGUACGUUUGUGUUCUUGAAAUGCAGCUGGAUGAAAGUAGGCCUGUGGGAUCUCUCUGACUGGCAUACCCUUGGUGCCAUCUCUUUUCCAGUCCAUGUAAAGAUGACCCAGGUUCAGAGAAGGAUGAGUUUCAUACCCUCUUCUCUUUGCAGGACAGAGUUAGAAAUUGACGAAAAAAGGUGCACUGAGCACCUUCAUCGUCUGCUUGAUUUCUGACAGCAGAGAGAAGAACGGCAGAAUUAACAUUGCUCAUCUUCAUCCUCUGAAUCUGGUUCAUCAGUAGUUUUAAAGGCAUGUCAUUCCACUGCUGUCACUCACCCGAUCGAGUACUUGUAUGCAUGAACAACACAAUUGCAUGUAUGAAAGAGCACCUUAUAUGCCAUGUACCCCAAAGACAAUGGAGACGCUGUAGAAAUGAACUGCUUUUCACCAAAGAUCUUGUUAGAUUUCUGGUGUUCUCCACAUUUAUACACUGAACAGUUAAGCUUAUUGACUGAAACCCAUCACUGGCUGGACACAGUUUUACUCCUACCAGUGUGACGUGUCCGAUAUGUGAAGAGUUAAGCAGUGACAGUUUACAUCCAUGAUAUUUUAUAUGGUAAUAAGCAUUUAUUUGUAAACGUACACAUUUAGGGAGAAUUUUUCACUGACAUGUUUCUCACUGAUUUAACUAAAACAUGCGUGUGAUGUCCUUUUCUCUCUUGCUGUUGCUCUUUGCUAGCUUUCUGUCCAUGUCGUCAUGUCUUUCUUUUAUUUUUUUCUUCUUUGAUUCACUUUUAGUCUUUUUCCAAGUUCCCUACGUUGACACCUCUGAGUCUGAAUCAUGUCAGCCCUGAAGGUGAUCAACUCUGCAUGGUCACCUGGCGUUGUGUAGUGGUCCCUCUCAUCAUAAGAAAGCAUGAUCAGCUUUCUAUACUGUUCAGCACCUACUGUUCGGUCCACAUACAACCUUUCACCUCACUAUUUCCAAAACUAAAAUGUUUGUUCAUUCCAUUGCCUCGCAUUUCAAGUGUGUUUUGGCAUGCCUGUAUUUCAUUCUGAUGGGGUGCAGUGCUUUUUGAGUGCAUGUUCAUUCUAAAUUCUGCAAGAAAAAAUGCUGGCCUUUUUUAACUGUCUCCUAUUUUCUAUAUUUCUCUGUCUUUUAUGUUUGUCUUCUCUAUUUCAGAAUCCGUUACUCUUUCUGAAACCCGUUCAAGAGCUCCUUAGUCCUUGUCCUCUUGACAAGUUGGGAUUCAUGUACCUGAGUGGACUGUAGUUUAAGUGGCACCUUUUAUCUGACAUGUUGUAAAACUGUAUAAAGUUAUUUCAAGUGAAACUUGUAUUUUCCAAAUGGAAAUGUGCAUAUUAAUUUCUUUAUAAUAUUCAAAGCAAUGCACACAUACAAUAAAUGAACUGACUUGUUUUA